UCGUCUGCUCUCAGCAUCUUCGCCGCGUUCCUUCCAUGUGAAUUCGAUGAGUGGGAGCGCGAGAGCAUCUCUUCUUCUCUCCAACCACGCGGCCCACUCCCGCCCCCGCAGCGAAGCUCCGCGUCUUCUAAACUCGUGGUGGCUCGAGAAGAGGGGGAAGGGGAGGCAAGCUGGCUCAACGCAGAAUAUUUGAUUUGCGGAGCAUUUCACAGAUUGGUUUAUAGAAAAGCCAAAUGCCAAAUGAAUCCAAAUUAAACGUUUUGCACUCCCUAUGAUUGUCCAGCCCCUUGUGCAGGAUGCCUAGUCAAUGCUAAGCUAACUAACAGGCUGCAGAAGGACUGAGUGGAGCUCCAGGGACAACCAUGGGAGAUGGAGUUGCCCUCCACACCGAGGGAAAUGCUCUCCUCAAAGCAGUCUUCCAGGGCAAACUGCGACUGACCCGCCUGCUCCUGGAGGGAGGCGCCUACAUCAAUGAGGGCAACGACCGCGGUGAGACCCCCAUCUCGGCGGCCUGCAUAGCUAGUUACGAUGACUCCCAGACCCGGCAGAGGAUGGUGCGCUACCUCCUGGAGAAAGGUGCCGAUCCCAACAUCCCUGAUAAGUCUGGACGGACCGCUUUGAUUCACGCUUGCGCCGAGCAGGCAGGAAAGGAGGUUGUGUCACUGCUCUUGGAGAACGGAGCUGACCCAAGCCUCAAGGAUUACUCUGGGUCUUCGGCCCUGGUCCAUGCCAUCAACCGGGGCGAUCGGGAUACCUUGCAGGUUCUUCUGGAUGCUUGCAAGGCCAAGGGCAAGGAAGUGAUCAUCAUCACCACGGAUACGUCACCCUCAGGCACAAAAAAAACGAAGCAGUACCUAAACUCUCCACCCUCUCCGGCUCUGGUGGACAAUUCCUCUCCGGUUUGCAUGUCCCCUUCUGAGGUGGAGAUCCGCACCUCCAACUCUCCUGCGGUGGAGAAAGCGGAAGAGGAGGUGGGCAUCUUUAGCUUCGCGCUGACCUCGGCUUUACCCUUACCCUCAUCUCGACCUCCGGGGGACAAGAGGCCACCCCCGCGUAAGCUCCUGAAGAGGUUGAACUCAGAGCCCUGGGGUCUGGUGGCGCCCUCGGUGCUCAGCGGUAUCCCACAAGACACUGCGAACAUUGGCUCAGGGGAGGAAGCUGGUGGGGUCAUCAGGGUUGUCACAGAGAUGAACGGUUUGUCUAUCUCGGGCCCUGGCAGACCUCUCUUGUCUCGCCGGCACAGUAUCGAGACCCAUGACCCCUGUUCGCCCAAGCUCAUCGACCGGUCUUGCUCCGAAGACUGUGCUGCUUUCUGUGGCUCAUCUUGGGCCGACAAGGUCCAGCAGCAUCAAAUCCUGUACAGAAGGAACACUGCACCAGAAUCCCAGGAAACUGCAGGAGGACCGGGGGCGGUGGCAGCCCGUGCCCUGGCUCACCCCAAACUCACCCGGAUGGAACACUAUGAGUCAGACACACACCUAUGUCCCGAGUCCAUUCCUGGGUCUCCAGACUCAGGCCGAGUGUCCGUGGAAAGACGGAAGUACAACGCUUCGCCCCUGUCCCUGCUCACCAGCUCUUCUCGGGAGUCACUGGAGAGCAUCCCCAACUCUGUGUCCCCUAUCACCAUCCGCAGGCGGCCCCAUGGUCUCCUGGAGCGUAGGGGCUCUGGGACGUUGCUCCUGGACCACAUCUCACACACCAGGCCUGGCUUUCUGCCUCCACUAAACAUCAACCCCCAGAGGCCUAUCCCGGACAUAAGGGCUAACGGGAAGCCCACAUCCCCGGUCAACUGUGGUCCCAAGAUUCUGGUCCCUGUGGCCCCUGCUUCACCUAAACGGGGGCCGGACUUCAAGAUGAAAAAGAAGCUGAUGAGAAGACACUCCAUGCAGACGGAGCAGAUGAAACAGCUCUCGACCUUCCAGGAGAUACUGACCGAGAAGGUUGUUGAGUCGAAUGGGGACUAAGACUAUAAGUGACAUGUGAGGAUGGGAUUGUUAGUUGUGAGGGCUUUUUGUGGGAAAGGAGGCUACUGUGACUUCUCCUUAAUGGGUCCAUGUCUUUAUGGUUACGCUACCUUAGUUAGUAACUUGUUUUUAUUUAAAUAUGACCAGAAUUUGGCUUUUUCUCGAAAGAGGCUUUGCUCCAUUUUUACUCCAUGUUGUCUAAUGCAGCUGCUUUUUUAUUUUUAGGUGACCUAUUUUCCCUUAAAGGGUUUACUUUCUAUAGUGUCACAGAGCCAACUAAUAUUGGUCAUGUAUUAAGGUUUUUCAUUUUAUUCAAAUGUGUGCAUUACAGUAAUAUUCCACAUGCAAUCAACAAAAUAUAUAAAUCUUGCUUUUUAGAUGUUCACACUUGCAAGAUUUGCACCAAUGUCUUGUGAACCAUUAGUGAUGCAAAACAUGAUCUUGGCCUCUAAACUGAUUGUAUAAUAAUCAGUAGAAUACAAAAGCAGCACCAUGUUAGCAAAAAAGUAUUAAGUGUUUGCAGACUGUGAAGUUUCACGUUUAGUAUUUGUGAUUUCACACUAAAUGUUCUUUUGGUGAGGAGACAAAAAAACCAAAUGUGUCUUGUUGACAGUUGUAUUGCAUCAGGACAGGUUGCUGCUUUGUGUACUGUACGAUGACUCUACAGAUGAGUAUUUUUCAAUUUUCCAUUGAAUUGUAAUCAAUCCACUAGAUUGAUGCAACUCCUUAGUUAUUGAUUUAUGUAUCUUAUUCAUUCAUUUAUUUAUUUAUUUAUUUAUUUGAUAUCUGUACAUUCUUCUGUACGCAUUGUACUGUAUGUACAGUAUCUAUGUCACAUGCAUGGACAUGUUAUCAGUGCGCUUUUAUUUUUCUUUGUCUUUUGUGAUUUCUUUGUCUUUAUCUAUAAUAUUGGUUAAGGAAGGUGUUUUUACUUUUUCCAUCCAUCCAGUUCUUUAUUGCCAAGACACACUGGUGUUUUGUCACAAGCCUAGCAUAGCCUGUAAAACUACCAUGUGACACACAAUCUGGAACUUUCAUCAGAGUGUUACAGAGAAAUUAUGUUAUCAAAAUAAAUUUUUAAAGUUGAUUGAAGUGCAAUUCUUCUCAAACAAAUUCCAAAGAGUCGGAGAUAACCACAAAUAAAUGCACAUUGGUGGUAUGACUUUCUACAAGAAAAGAGCUACUAGCACAUGCUUUGUAAAUAAUGUAAAGUAAAAACAUCUAUGUUUGAUGAUGUCUAUGUGCAGUACUUUAUAGGCUGGACAGCAACGUGAAAAACUUUACUUGACCUUGGUGAAUGUGUGAAGUUGUUCUUACAUAUUUGCAGUAAAAGCAGUCUAAAGUAUACUAUAGUAUUUGCCAAACGGGAUAUUAUGAGCUGCUGCUGUAAGUCUCAGAGAGCCAUCAUUUAAAGUUACAGACCUGUUGAGAAAAAGCGAAGGAUGAAAUUUGAGCAUACAAUAUUCAGAAAAUGUGUUUGAAUCUUACAAAAACAUUUGUUUUGCUUCCAUUUGUACUGUGUCUUUAAUAAAAAAUUAUAUGUCUAAGUGCUCCAAGGUUUGGUAUUCACCUCUUGUUGAUUUAACUUCAUGUAGGUUACUUGAAAUUCACGAUAAUACAAUUAAAAAAGAAAUAUUUUUGUAUGCCUGUUAGAAAAUAGCAAAGUCAUGUAAUAUAUUUUUCUUGUUUGAACUUGAUUGUAUUCAAUUGUGGAAUAAAUAUUGAUUUUAUGUUCACGUGUUUCUCAACCCAAAAGUCAAUUUCCCAAAAUAUCAAUGACCUGCCAAUGUAUUUAUUCUUGCCAGUCAUGAAAAAUGUGGAUCUUGUAUUUUCUGCAUAUUGUGUUGUUCUGUGGCUGCUGU